UUCAAGCACCGCUCAUCCUCUUCUCAGAUUUUUGAAGCAAGCCAGUGGAGUCUGACCACCUCUUUGAUUGCCUUCCUAACUUUCUCUGUCCAUCGAAGGUGGUAAAAUUCCAUCAGACACCAAUCAAUCAGAACCGAUAUCGAUGGGUUUGUUGAUAAAUGGGCUAUGGGCUUCACAGGAAUAGCACGGGCUUUUGGAUUUCUCUCAGCUUUUGGGAUAGGUGCCAACAUGAAGAACAAUUGCGAGGUAUGCAAGCAGUGGCAUGAGCAUGUUUAUUGGGAGCAUAAGAGCUCCAAAAUGUUGAGAUUCUGUGUGACAAUGGUUGGGGAUUUCUCUCGACAGAUGAUCAUACCCGAAAAGUUCAUGAGUCGAUUUAGGGAAACUUUAUCUGAAGUCAUCAGCUUGAAGGGGCCUAGUGGUAAAAUAUGGCAAGUAGGAAGGGUGAAGAGGGCAGGAAGACAUUUCCUUCAGUGUGGCUGGAAGGCAUUUGCAGAAGCGCAUAGCUUAGAGGACAAUGAUAUCCUCAUUUUUAAGUAUGAAGGAGAUUCAUGUUUUAGUGUCCUGAUCUUCGAUUCCAACAAUUGUGAGAGGGAGUCUACGUAUUUUGCCGAGAAUGAUCACAGUGUGGAACAAGUCGAUAAAGAGGACUCCUCUCAGAAAACUCUAGAACCAAGUGCAGAAGCAGAUGAUGAUGACUUUGAUUGUAGUUUUACCAGUAGCCCUAAUUGUCAGAGGGGAGACCCAAGCUGUUCCAGGAGGGAAACUAAAAAAAGGAAAGAUAUUCCGUCUCCAAAACAGGAACAGUUUGGUGCAAGUUUGCAUGGAAACUGUUCAGAAAACAGGAAUCCAGCACGGAGGGCUGCAACUCGUGAAGAAAGGAGAGCUGCAGUGGAGCAGGCUAAUACAUUUGAGACUAAUAGCCCAUCGUUUUUAACGGUGAUGAAAAGUUAUAAUGUCGGCAGUCAAUUCCAAUUGUUAAUGCCCCCAGAUUUUGCUAUGGAGUUUCUCCCUCGAGAAAACCAAGAGAUCAUUCUCCGUAUCCCAGGGAUGAAGAAAGAGUGGAAGGUUAACUACUGUGUCACUGAAACUUCAUCCCGUAUCAUUGGAAGGUGGCGGAAUUUUGUCCGCGACAAUAGUUUGGACGAGGGAGAUGCGUGUGUCUUCGAGCUUCUAAAGGACAGAAAAAGGAUAGCAAUGAAAGUUCAUAUCUUUCGAGCAGCGAACAGAGGGGCAUCAUCCUUAUCAGCCUAGGUUUCUAUGGCUUGUUUAGUGAAGUGAAGAAGAAACUGAAUAGAUGACAGCGAGGAGAUAUGGCUUGUUUAGUGAAAGUGAAGAAACUGAAUAGAUGAUUGUGAGGAGAUAUUAUUGUAGGACAAUCUCUCAUAAACAGUUUAGAUAUGUAAUUGUGCUCUGCUUGCUUUCUGGAUGACUUUAAUUUUCUAUGCUUGUUUUGUGAUUGAGGUGAUGAGUG